UCUUUAAAACCCCAAGUGGCUUAGCAAAUUAAUCACCAAAAUGUGGUCAGCUUAGUGCUAUUAAAAGGGAGGAGGUGGCCAAUGGAAGAAGGCAUCGAGGAGGAGACGAAGGCGGCAGCAGCAGCAGCGAACAAGAAGGCGGCGGCGCCGGCGGCGAAGGAGAAGAAGAAGGCGACGAGCAGCACCAGCGUGGGCGAGAUGGCGGCGGACACGGCGUUCAAGAGCAUCGGCGACGUGCUGAAGCUGCUGCCGACGUCGACGGUGAUCAUCUACGAGGUGCUGACGCCGAUCGUGACCAACACCGGCGACUGCCACCUGGCGAACAAGAUCGUGACGCCGGUGAUCCUCGUGCUCUGCGCCUUCUUCUGCGCGUUCUCGCAGUUCACGGACAGCUACGUCGGCGCCGACGGGAAGGUGAGGUACGGCCUGGUGACGGCGAGGGGCCUCCUGCCGUUCGGCGGCGGCGACGGCGGCGACGCCGGCAGGGACUUCUCCAGGUACCGGCUGCGGUUCAGCGACUUCGUGCACGCCACCUUCUCGGUGACGGUGUUCGCCGUGGUGGCGCUGCUCGCCGACGCCGACACGGUGUCGUGCUUCUACCCGUCGCUCAAGGACCAGCAGAAGAAGCUGGUCAUGGCGCUGCCCGUCGUCGUCGGCGCGCUCGUCAGCGUCGUCUUCGUCGUGUUCCCCUCCACGCGCCACGGCAUCGGCUACCCGCCGGCGCAGCCCCCCACCACCUCUCUCGCGUCGCAGUGAUCGAUCCGUCGAUCGAUUCGCAUGCCAUGCCACGCUUUAAUUUUAUGAUGAAAAUUUAUAAGUCUGGCAUGUCUUGACUUUGUAAAAUUAUAAUAGGCACGGUUAUAAUUUUUUCUUAAUUUAAUUAUAUGGGUUGUGUUUUUUUUUUUCGGGUUUACCUUUGCACGUGUGCAUAUGUGUGUUGAUGUUGUGUCUGAUGCUUUUGUUCGUAUUCGUUGAUGCUAAUAAGGCCAAGAACUGCUCUAGUUUGAUUGA